AUGUUUUCACUGAGAACUCUGGCGCAAUGGACCCAAGGGCUUCGGCGAUACUGCCUGAAAUCAGGCGACCCCCCAAACGCGAUGCUUGAAGUUUUUGCUUACGAGGCGAAUCGCCUUUUUCGUGACAGACUUGUCAAUGACCAUGACAGAAGUGAAUUUGAUUCAAUGCUGCAAGCCUCGCUGAGUAGCUUGUGGGGGGCUAACGCCACCAACGCUCUGUCAGGCGGAUAUUACGUUACCCUGCACGCCGAUGUCGCUGCCUCGUUGGGCAAGCAGACGCCGAAGUUGCAUCACGUGUCUAUUGAAGAAUUUGCCACGGUUGUCGCGAAAACGAUGAAAAGAUUUUCAAGCGAUGUGCGAUAUACUGAUCUGGCCUUAAUCGAAGAGUUCCUUAACCUCUGCGCUCAAAUAGACCGAGUUAUCACCAGAUGCAAGGGGUCUCUUCUUCUAGUUGGUCGACCUGGCGUCGGCCGUCGUUCAGCUGCUUCUUUGCUUGCAUAUGCUCAUCAGAUGCCUUGUGUGGUGCUACCAGGGUCAAAGGAAUCUGGGAUCGCUUCGUUCAAGAGUAUGAUUAAGCAAAGCUUAGUUCAGGCGGGGAUAAACGGCGAGCACAUGCUGCUGUUGCUGGAGGACUUCCAGAUUACGGAUCCUGAAUACAUCGAAAUCUUGAACUCCUUGCUGCUCUCCGGUGAAGUUCCAGACCUGUUCAAACUAGAAGAGCUGGAAACCCUCCUAAAACCUCUUCGGGAACGCAUGUCCCAAGAGAUGUAUCAGGAAACUGUUCAGUCCUAUUUCACCAAAACAGCGACCGAAAAUGAGACAGAAACCAAUUUCGGCAAGGACGCAGAAGUAUUAACAUUGAACGAAGAUACGGUCAGUCAGAUGGUCGCUAUCGCCAACAGUGUCAAAAACGAUCUUACGGACUGUCCAAAGAAGUUCGUCACUUUUGUGUAUCAGUUCAUUUGCCUAUACAAAAAUAAAAGGCGAACAGUUGCCUCAAGAUACGAAAGACUAAAGUUGGGUGUAACGAAGCUGAACGAGGCACGCAAUGCUGUUGCUGCAAUGAAUGAUGACGCUCAGAAAAAAAGCAAAUUGUUAGCGGACAAACAAGCCGAAGCAGAUUGUAUGCUGCAAGGGAUCACGUCCAGCAUGUCGGUAACAAACGAACAGAAGAGUGGUAUGGAAUCGUUAAAAAUGGAAAGCGAGAAAGAAAGUGCAAGAAUAGAAAAGCAGAAGAAAGUCAUCGAGGCUCAACUAGCACAAGUAAGUAAAAAUGAAUUCAUCCCUAGUACCAUUUGUUUUCGGGCAUUCGUUCGACAAUGCCAAAAUCAAGAGGGGAUUCAGAAGAGGUCAAUGUAAGU